GAGCACUUUGCAUUCUUAUGACUUUUUAAAAUUGGGGUGUGUUUUUAGCGGCCUGGGGGGGAAAAAAUGUAAAACGACAAGUUUUUACAAGAUGAUACAAUCUCCAGAGUGAUUUUAUAUGUUCAAGUGUAAUCAGGUCUAAGCUCUACCUCGCUAACGAGCUUGAGUGUGUGACUCCGGAUCUAUUCGCAGCUCUAACCUGACUGCUCCCUUCCCUUCCCUGCACUCCACUCCACUGCACUCCACUCCGGAUUUGGCCAGCGAGGGGAAACCAACAGCUGCUGCGGACGUUUUUGACACGGUUUUUUGGGGACGGGGAGUUUCUGAUGCCGUCAGCCGGGCCAGGAUCUCUGCCCGGCCGGAGCGAACAGAGAAUCAUGGCUGAAGACUACUGGGAGUGCGCGGCGGUGGCGGCGGCUUUGGGAUAUUAACAUUUACACACAAGGACACACAGGAAUCUCACGUCCUCCCUCGGGGCGACUGAACAGUGGCUGCCCCUUCCUCCUCAUCGUCUCGGCCCCCCCUGCCCCCUCUGAUGGAGCGCGUGAGGAAGAUCAAGCGGCAGCUGUCCAUGACGCUGCGGGGGGGCAACAGCGGGGACAAGAACUUGACCGAGAGCAUCAGCUCUCAGGACACAGGAGCACACAGUGACUCCGAGGCCAUGCCAGGCGGGGGUAGUGCCACUCUGCGUGGUUCAGUGAGAGGAGCGGGCGGCUCAUUCAGCAUGCACUCGCUCCUGCAGUCCUACAGCAGCGCCCUGCACCGGCCGCGCAGCCUGGGCCGCAGCCUCAGCUCCUAUCUCAACCACACCACACGCCUCGAGAUCGUCCACGAAGAUGUAAAGAUGGGCUCCGAUGGAGAAAGCGAUCAGGCAUCAGCCACCUCCUCUGACGAGGUGCACAGCCCAGUCCGCGUGAGGAUGCGCAACAAUGCGGGGCGCAAAAUUUCCACUGAGGACAUAAAUAAGAGGCUGUCUCUGCCGGCUGAUAUCCGACUCCCAGACGGCUACCUGGAGAAGUUCAGUCUGAACAGCCCGCUGUUUGAUAAACCACUGAGCAGACGACUGCGUAGGGUCUCUCUGUCAGAAAUUGGUUUUGGGAAGCUGGAAACCUACGUGAAACUGGAUAAACUAGGAGAGGGCACGUAUGCCACGGUGUAUAAGGGUCGCAGUAAGCUAACUGAUAACCUCGUGGCUCUCAAGGAGAUCCGUCUGGAACAUGAGGAAGGCGCUCCCUGCACUGCCAUCAGAGAGGUUUCCCUGUUAAAGGAUCUCAAACAUGCCAACAUUGUGACUCUGCAUGACAUCAUCCACACUCAGAAGUCUCUGACGCUCGUGUUUGAAUACCUAGAUAAAGACCUGAAACAGUAUCUGGAUGACUGCGGGAACUGCAUCCACAUGCACAACGUGAAGCUCUUCUUGUUCCAGCUUUUGCGAGGACUGAGCUACUGUCACAGACGCAAAGUCCUCCAUCGAGACCUCAAACCCCAAAACCUCCUCAUCAAUGACCGUGGGGAACUCAAACUGGCUGACUUCGGUCUGGCUCGAGCCAAGUCGAUUCCCACCAAGACUUACUCGAAUGAAGUGGUGACUCUGUGGUACCGCCCACCAGACAUCUUAUUGGGCAGCACAGAUUACUCCACCCAGAUUGACAUGUGGGGCGUCGGCUGUAUCUUCUACGAGAUGGCUACGGGUCGGCCGCUGUUCCCAGGAUCCACAGUGGAGGAGGAGCUGCACUUUAUCUUCAAACUGCUAGGGACACCUACGGAAGAAACCUGGCCUGGAAUAACCUCCAAUGAAGAAUUCAUCUCCUACAACUACCCCCGUUACCGUGCCGACUGCCUCCAUAACCACACCCCUCGGCUGGACAAUGACGGAGUGGACCUGCUGUCCAAACUGCUGCAGUUUGAAGGAAAGAAGCGCAUAUCUGCAGAGGAAGCGAUGAGACACUCGUACUUCCACUGUCUUGGAGAGAGAGUUCUCACACUGCCUGACACUACAUCCAUAUUUGCACUUCAAGACAUUCAGCUGGAGAAGGAGACGACCAUGAGGACGAGCUCGAUGUCCGACUCCGUGAACAGCAUAUCUCAGCGGCAGAGUCUGCUCUUCUGAUUGGCUCGAGGCGUGACUACGCUGAAAGAAAGAAGAGAGGAGGACGAACAGAGAGAUGUUUCUGUGUGCGAUUAUUAUGAAGGGAUCCCUGUUUGAUUUUUUUUUUUCCUCACUUCUCUAACUGAGUCAUUGCUGUCAUGUGGCAUUGUUUUUAGGAAAAAAAUGGGGGCGGAGUUACUAGAUGUUUACAUGGGAAGAUAAGAAUUAUGUUUGUUUCUCUUUUUUCGUAUUUAUAGCGUUUGUGUCCUGAUUAUGCACUCUGUUUGCAUGUACCUACAAGCCAUGUUCUCUUCCCACUCACUUUCAGUUGUAACACUAAAAACACAGCGACUAUGCGUCAGGUCGAAUUGGACUUCACUGUAAGUGAUUUUUGUAGUUUAUUUUGAAUUCGUUACUAGAAAGAACCACUAAUGAUGAAGCGAACGGUUAAUAAUAAUACCCUUGGCUUCAGAACUCUGACUGUUGAACAGGAUUGAAUACUGUUUUGCAUUCAAGCCUUCAUCUUAGUCUUCCUCCUCAGCGUUCUCAGUCUGCCCCUCACACUCAUUCACGUAUCUCACACACACACACACACACACACACACACGCAUACACGCACUGACGACAAAACCACGGCAUGAUUUUACCAAAGAUUUUCCCUGCUUGAAAUCAUUAGCGCUUCCAGUUUCCCCAAACAUCCCCCAGCGUCUCAGUAUCUUUCCCACACAGCCAUCUGCUACUUCCUGUUUUACUUGUUUUUCCAAAAUGAGAAUCUUUUUGAAAUGGCUGUUCACUUUUAUUAAGCUGGCAAAAUUAUUUACCAGUGAGGCAGAAUCCAAUCCAAACCUAAAGUUGAGCAGUUAAAGGUUACGGCUUUGGCUCAGAGGCUCAACUGUGGCUUUCUGAAACUUCUCAGUCCUGGCAUUUGAACUCACAUCCUUCCCAGCAGGGACACACAGCUCCAUUUUUUAAAGAAUAUUUUAAAAUCUGAUCAUACAGGAUUUUUCCUAUAUUAAAGGUGCAGUUUGUUAUGUUUCAGAGUGUUUUCAGACCAGUAACAAUCAAACCCGUAACCAAGAAAACUCAUUUGCAAUAUUGCCAUGCGACAGAUUUCAGUAAUUUCUUUAAAGUCUCUGCUUCCAUUUUUCCCGCAUGGAAAAUAGGCCUGCCCCCUCAGCUCAUCUUUUUUUGAGCUUUACUUAAUUUCUUAGGGAAAAAAAUAGUUGAAUCUAGAACCUUAAUGUGUUCUUGACCUUUUGGACAAACCUUAAAUGUUCUGUGUAGAAUAUUUGCAAUAAAGUGUUUUCCUAUCUGACCGGGUUUCAGAUAGAACCCAUAUAGGAAGCUAAAAACCCUUAACUAUAAGAAAAACCCUUUUCCUAAGAGUGUAGUUUCAGUUUCUGCAGAGGGGAUGGAGUCUGAAAUUCACUUUACACUAAAGAGAGGCUCUAAAUAUGACAAACUGCUUCUUUAAACUAUAAUCACUGAAAAAGUUGUUUAGAAGAUGCUGAAGAUCCUCGAUUUGCUUGCAGAGGAUGAUGACAUGAUCCUAACUAAACUCAUUUGAACAAAAAGAAUGAAAUUGCACAUCAGAAUCACACACGUUCAUGCGUGCAUCAGAUUAGAUAAAUGAAAAUUGACAGAAAAUCAGUGCCUCCCUGCUGGAAAGGUGUGUGUCGCGCAGGAAGCUACAGCGUGCUGUAUCUGUGAUGGUGUGUGUGGAGUCCAGCUCUGCUGAUGAAAUCUCAGUGUGUUGUUGCAGUGAGUGUGUUCUGUGGUGCAGAACUCAGGCCCCGAAACCUUUUUUUUCCACAAGUAAGGUGUGUGUGAAGACAAUGCAAAACACCACUGUGUGUGAAGUAGGUGGAGUUGAUGUUGUUAUUAUUAUUAUUGUUAUUAUUUUUAAUGUUAUGAUGUGUUCUCAGAGCUUUGUCAUUCCCCUUCACCUGUGAUUAUUAUUUUGUGUGUGUGUGUGUGUGUGUGUGUGUGUGUGUGUGUGUGAGAGGUUUAGAUGAACGCAGCAUAGACGGAGUGUGAGACGAGGUGGAAGUCUGUGGUACAGUGUAAAUAGCAGAUAAGAGCAGUGGACAGUGCAAUGACAAGUGGAUUUUUAAAGCAACAUGAUAUUUGAGGUUAUAGUUAUCUAUUAUUAUUAUUAUUAUUAUUAUGUGUUCAUAUAUUUUUUUAACAAAGAAUAUAUGGUCAAUAGUCCUAGCUGGUGUAUCUACAUACUUUGGCUACUUUUCCCGUAUUUUAAACAAAAUGAAAGCAUCUCUUCCAUUUCAGCGUUGUGUGAAAGCGCUGGAAUGAGUUUAACCUCCUCGCACGUUGCAAUAAGCGAUACAGAGCGCAAUAACCGAUUAAUUUCUCUCCAGAUUCACCCAUUUUUACAUGUCUGAUAAAACAGAAGUGGACAUUUAUCAUGCUCACUCUGUCUCCUCUGGCUGUGUCCCUAAUAGUGCCCUACUCCCUAUUCCCUACAAACACACAAGUGCUUUUAUUGUAUUCUUUAAGUACUAGGGAUCACUGUUUGGAUACUAACCCAUUGCAGUGCAUUGUGGGAUUUCAUAAGUGCACACAGUGUAUACACAGUCUGUCUGUCUGAUCACCCAAGUCACUCUGUAGAGUUUUACCCUUGUUGUGUAAUACAGUGUAAUACAGAACCACCUCCAUGAAGCUGGAUAUAAAAUUCUGUAAUAAUAUUUUUCAAGUUUCCUCGUAUAUGGAGGACCCAUAUCAUUAUAGAAUAUCCGGUCCAUCCAUUUAAUCCCACAAUGCAUUGCAGUAGCCUAGUGUCCAAAUACCAUCUAGAGAUUAAAUACACCUUUAAUGCUCUCUGUAGGGAAUUGGGAGUAGGCUAUAGGAUGCUGUUGUGAUUUCAGACAUGUGGUUGCUCUCUGUCUCGUCUUAUUCUUUUAAUUGUCCUUGCUUGCUGUAUAUUCUCUGUCUCUCUCUCUCUGUCUCUCUCUCUGUCUUUCUUUUCACUUUCUCCUUCCUCUCGACACUCUCUCACUCUCUGUCCCCUCUUACUGUCUCUCUCUCUCUAUUCCCUCUUGCUCUCUUCUUAUUCUCUCUGUCUCCUCUCAAUGGGCCUCAUUUAUCAAGCUGGAUACGAAUGGAUUUAUGUGUAAAUCAUUCAUAUAAGCAUUUAUGCAAGAAAUUUGGUAUUCAUGAAAAUCCUGUUAAAUUCGGGAAAAAAAAGUCUGUAUCCUACUCGUGCUCCUGAGUGUGUGUAAAUUUAUACAUAAGAAGACAGACUAAUGUAAACCUCGAUCAAUCGACCUCAAAUACUUAUAAUUUGCAUGGAUUACUGCACUUUUGUAUGUCUGUCGAGUUUAAAUUGCUUAUUUUUAUUACGUUUACAGCGUUUAGCAGAUGGACUUAUCCAGCGAGACUUACAGAAAUGCUUUGAGUCAAAAGCACAUCCUCAUGCUAGUUGACUAGGUCAGGGCCUAAGAGUACCAUCAAGAACAUUUUGUGAAAACCAGUUGUUUUUAUUUUAUUGGUAUUCAUUGUUGAAUGUGAAAAAUAAAGAACGCAAUCCAACACAAACCCAUAAAUUAAAACAAAUAAAACUAAUCAUUCAAAUAUAACAACAAAAAACCGUUGCGGUACAAACGGUGAACGAGUCGGUCUGUAAACCGUAAACAAAUGCCUCAGCUGACGGAAGAUUAGGGUCACGCUUAUGAGUUAAAGCACGUUUAAAGACCGGUAUGAUUUUUUUGGAGGAUGAAAGCUGACUUACAAAUGAGUUCUGUUUGCCAAAGCAUCUUUUAACGCUGUGUAUCACUUCCAGCAUGUCAGCAAUUAAAUUAAAGCGAAUUUAAAAUAGAGGUAUCCCCAUGUGGCGUGCUCAGUGUCCAUGAUCACCUGGUAGUGUAGAUCUUUUUUCUCCUCUGUUUUCAUGUCACACGAUUUUCUUGUUACCUCAUUUAAUUCACACCUCAUUUAUCUUUUCUGUAAUUUGUCUAGGUUUUGACCUUUUCAGUGCUGUUAAACUGCUAAAUAUUUUUUAUUGGCAUAGAAGUGAGUCAAAAUAACUUUCACUUCUGUCUUUCCUCAUUGUCUUUCACCGUUUAGCAGUCAUUUCCUGUUCCCAGCCCUCUGUGCUCUUGACCUUUUAUGGCGUUUUGUGGGCGUCAGUACAUGCAAAUGAGCGGUGUCAGGAACAUGCUUUGCCCUUUGCAGUUGAUCAACAUACACACGCGAGUACAAAGAAAAUCAGCGUAUCAUAAACGUUUGAAAAAUCCGCUAGAAAAUUUUAGUUCAAUUUGGUUUACGCAAACAUUUACACACAAUUUUACUAAAAGAUUGAUAAAUAAAGCCCAGUGUCUCCUUUCUCUCUGUCUCCUCUGUCUCACUCUUUCUCUCCAGCCACUCUGUGAGGUUCUGAGUGUGUUCAUGACGUCCCCGCCGUACACACUGCCGUGAUCUGAGCCAACAACGCACUCAGUGUGAUGUGUUUGUGUUUUUAAUGUUUCUUUUUAUACACAUCAACCGUUUUAGAGGUUGGGCUUUCAUGCUAGCAGAAACGUGAUCAGUAUUAAUCUUUUUUUUUUUUUUUUUUUUUUUUUUUUUUUAAAUUUAGUUUACUUAUCAGUAUGAAUUAAAGAGCCAAGGCUCUGCUCCUGUUUACCAUGGAGCUGUUCUAGAAAAUUUAUUUCUUUCUUUCUGUGUGUUUGUGUGUGUGUGUUUGUGUGUGUGUGCGGAGGUGAACGUGGGGACACGUUACACACCUGCUGAUGAGAAAGCAAUACCCACUGUAAAUCUCUCAUUUAGCUCCAAGAACCCAAGCCUGUUUUCUCAUUUAUAUUCAGCGUGCUCUAAAAGAUUAUUUAUGCAGUCACUAAUUUUAGACAAAUCUGAUGCCAUGGAUGUGUAAAGAGACACACACACACUCCCUGUCCCUCAAAAAAAAAAAUGAGUGAAGAUGUUAUAACAUGAUUACACAUGGACUUUGUGUUCUCGCUCUUGCAAUAGUCCACAUGUUUUCACCAAAGUCUGGAAAGUGUGCAAACUUGGACUGAUCAUCACGCCACUCGCUGUCGCUUCCGAAGGACUGAGGAUGUGGAAACAUGGCUGACUGGACUGUUAUUUCCAGACACUUCCGGGACUUUCUCCGAGCCUGCUGCUGAUGUUGAAGCAGGAAGUCGACUCGGAGCAACACACAGACUGAAACGUGUUUUUGUGCAGGAGGACGAAAAAAAAUGUGAAUUCUGUUUUUCAGGCAAUACAAUCAUUGGCCCAAA